AUGAGAAAAAGAGCACGUGAGAAGACCGAUGAUGAAAUUAGAAACAAAAUAUCACGUUUGGAAAAGGAGUUAAAGUCUCGUCGAAAAACGCCCGAGGAUUUCCGUAAUAAAGUGAAAGUAUCAAAACUAACCAAGUCAAUAGAAAAAUCUAGCCAGCAGAUCAAAAGAUCACAAUUGUCUGCUACUAGAAAAACCAUGGGUACAGGUGUGCAGGAAGCGACGCAGGCAACCGCCAGCGGCACGGCGCCCCCCGCCGACCAUGCGGGCAGGGAGCGGCGCGUGCAGCCUGCACGCAGGCUCGGAUCUUCCCUACACAGCAGCCCGCCGCCCGCAGGCAUAACCGCCAGCGGCACGGCGCCCCCACCGACCGUGCGGGCAGGGAGCGGCGCGUGCAGCCUGCGCGCAGGCUCGGAUCUUCCCUACACAGCAGUCCGCCGCCCGCAGGCAACCGCCAGCGGCACGGCGCUCCCCGCCGACCGAGGGGGCAAGGAGCAGCGCGUGCAGCCUGCACACAGGCUCAGAUCUUCCCUCCACAGCUGCCUGCCGCCCGCAGGCAACCGCCAGCGGCACGGCGCCUCCCGCCGACCGAGCGGCCAGGGAGCAGCGCGUGCAGCCUGCGUGAGGGCGCGGUUCUACCCUUCACCUAAGCAGCGCGCCGCCCGCAGGCAACCGCAAGCGACAUGGCGCCCACCACUGACCAACUGGCUGCAGAACUAUCACAGCCGUCGCUAA